AUGUCCAACUCAGCUUCUGAAGUACGGGAUGAUCGUACCUGCCCAAACUCCGGCCCGUCAUCCCUUCGUGAAGAUGUCUAUGGCUCUUUCUAUCAGAAGAUGACCAAGCUUGCCCUAUCUUCAGAAUGGACCGGCCGUGACCCCGAGUUGAUGCACCAUUAUUCACUUUACACCUCCAGGUCUAUUGCGCGGAGACUGGAGAUGCAAGAAGUAUGGCAGGUUGAUAUCCCUACGAUCGCAUACUCAUACGAGUUCUUGAUGCAUGGAAUCCUCGCCCUAUCAUCACUUCAUAUUGCCUAUAGCUGUCCUGAAAAGUACAGCAGCUAUCUCAAAAGCUCCAGAUAUCACAUUACUCUCGCCUUACCCUCCUUCCGAAAGGCUCUUCUCUCGCCAACAGCUGAGAACUGUUGCGCUCUGUUUGCCUCUUCUAGUAUAAUCAUGGUGUACACCUUCGCAUCCCCUGCAGAACCAGACAGUCCUGGUAUAUCGGCGACACUAAACUCCGUCAUAGAACUCUUUAAACUAUGUCGAGGUAUUAUGGCACUGGAAAGCUUCAUGGUUACGAUCCAAAAUAGCCCUCUUCGACCGCUCUUUCGGCAAGAAUUUGCCGUCCCAAUCUCUGUUGCGAAGUAA